CCCCCUCCAUCUGCCCGUAGCCCCCAGUGCAACGCCGUGCUGUACUGCUCUGACCGGUGCUCUGAAAUUGACCAAUCGCGCUGCCCGGAGGACUCCAGCCACCAGCACUGGUGCAAAAAGCUGGCGCAGUGCCUGAGGCGAGGGGCGGAGCUAGCUGACCUGCCCUUCACGUACACUCCAGAGGUGACAGGGGAGGACUUUGAGAUGGAGCGCUUCCUGACUCAGAACAGGCUAGACCACGGGUACUGGGUUCACUGGAGCCUGCUGGUGCGCUCCCCACACUUUCUGCUACAUUCUGAGAUGGACCAUUCCGGAGAGAGCACCCCCACAUGGUUGACAGGUCAUGCUGAUCCGUAUGGGCCCUUGAGAGCAGAAUCGGACAUCUUGCUGUCCUGUCCUGGCAAGGGCCCCCGUGCCCCCAGUCUGACCGCCCCACUGGUGUGCUGGCUGCAGUAUUGUAAGUGGCGAGGUCUCAGCCUCUCCUCCCCAGUGGCGGCUCUGCUCAGCUCCCCUCUGUCCAUCUACUACAUCAUGACAUCGCUGGUCCCACGAGACUUUCCUGAACUGAACAUCCUGAAGAAGAAGUCUUUGAAGAUCCAUAUCAUCGAGUCCAACAGAGAAUUCCAGUCCCUCUUGGUUUUCUGGGAGUUGGCCAUGCUCCUCCCACACGUGACCUUUGAACUCUUGUUCAUUGGAGAGGGGCUGCCUCAGGAGUGCGACGAGCAACAGUUUCUUCUGCAGCAGAAGGGAGACCGAUUAGCCCUUGUGUGCCCAAGCUUCGCCCAAGAGGACGGCGUGGGCAAGAGGAGCAUCCGGGUCAGAGGUUACCGAAGGGCCUAUCACAUGCUGCAGGGCCCCAAACCGGAUCUGGUGAUUGGUUUCAGGCCAGCCUUUCGCCUGCAUGACUUCUGGCUCAGUACUCUCCCCAGGCUGCAGUCUCUGAAGGUCCCGGCCUACUUCUGCGAGGACAACGAGCUGAGCUGCGUGUGCAGCCAGCAGGUGAUGGGCGCGGCCACCGGGGGCGCCCUCUCCGCCCCGCACGUCAACCCCUUCCACUCCCCGCUGCGCGUGGCGAGGGGAGACAACAAACUGCCCUGGUAUUCCAACGCGUUCGUUUUCCACCUCAUCUACAAGACGGUCGCCGCCUGCCCGCAGCGCGUUCCGCUCGCCCGCCCCAGGCCGUGCGACCCCGCCCAGCCGCUGCCGCCGGCCAAUCAGAAGCCGCCCGCCGAGGCGUCCAAGAUGACGCGCAAGGAGAGGAAGCAGGCCGCCCGCAACAUCCCGCGAAAGCGCAAGUGACCUCCGCGUCGCGCGGCGGCGGGUCAUGUGAUCGCGCCCGCGGGUCAUGUGAUCGCGCCCGCGUCACGCACCUCACCCAGCGGACUCAGAGAAAGAGAGAGUGCGUGUGCACUCAUAAUCGGGAGAAGUGACUGCUUGUAUAAUGUCUUCGCCCCUAAAUGACACGCGCGCCACGCUAACUUAAUUAAUUAAUUAGUGACGUCAGACUAACGGCACCUUAAGAAAAAUAAACGACGAUGAGAGAAUUCGUGAUGUUCAUGUGAAUGCAAAUGUGAAAUAACAAACAUGCUGUGGAAUUCA